GUGCAAUAAUCAAUUGUGUUCAAAAAGUGCAAGUGAUUACAUCGUUUUUUGUCAAAACAGCCAAAUAUAAAAUAAAACAAGUUAAAAUGACCGCUGAAGUGGUAAUUGUGGAUAUUUCUGGUGAUGGUGGUGUGAAAAAAGAAAUUCUUAAAGAAGGUACCGGUACAGAGACCCCAGGAAAUGGUUGUAAAGUGUCACUCCAUUACACCGGCAAAUUGACCGAUGGUACAAUAUUUGAUUCUAGCGUUGAUCGUGGACAACCAUUUGAAUUUAAUUUGGGCAAAGGUAGUGUUAUUAAGGCCUUUGAUUUAGGGGUGGCUACUAUGAAAUUAGGUGAAAAAUGUAACUUAAUUUGUGCUCCUAAUUAUGCUUAUGGCGAAGCGGGAAGUCCACCCAGUAUACCACCAAAUUCCACAUUAAUAUUUGAGCUUGAAAUGUUGGGUUGGAUGGGCGAAGAUAUAAGUCCUAACAGUGAUGGCAGCAUUGAACGUUUUAUUGUGGAAAGCAGUGAGAAAAAACGUACACCAAAUGAAGGUGCAUUUGUUAAAGCACACAUUACUGGCAAAUAUGAAGAGAGAGUGUUCGAAGACCGCGAUGUCGAAUUUGAUUUGGGCGAAGGUAGUGACAUUGGUCUCAUAGAGGGUGUUGAAAAAGCCAUAGAAAAAAUGGUUGUUGGUGAAGUUUCUAGAUUUAAAAUUAAAUCAAAAUAUGCCUUUGGUACAAAGGGUAAUGAACAAUUUAAUAUACCACCAAAUGCCAAUGUAGAAUAUACAAUUAAAUUAAAUGAUUGUGAAAGAGUGGUAGACGAUUGGAAAUAUACAAAAGAAGAACGAUUUGAACAUGCCAAGAUUUAUAAAGAAAAAGGAACCAAAUAUUUCAAAAAGGAAAACUAUCCAUUGGCCAUUAAAAUGUACAAAAAAUCUGUUAAUAUUUUAAAUGAUGAAAACAAUGAUGAGGAAAGUAACAAAUUAAGAGUGGCGGCUUAUAGUAAUCAGGCUUUGUGCUAUCAAAAGACUAAUGAACAAUUCGAAGGCAAACAUGCGUGUGACGAAGCUUUAAAAUUGGAACCAAACAAUAUCAAGGCUCUCUAUCGUCGCGGUCAAUGUAAUUUGGCAACAAAUGAAUACAAAGAGGCUUUGGUAGACUUCCAAAAGGUCUUGGAAUUGGAACCCACAAAUAAGGCUGCUCAAAAUCAAAUACAAAUAUGCAAGCAUAAGAUUAAAGAAGCUAAUGACAAGGAAAAGAAAAUAUAUGCCAAUAUGUUUACCAAAUUGGCAGCUGCCGAUAAAGAGCAGGACAUACCCGCCGAAACUGAUGUUCUUUCUAAAUGUGGCGAAUGGACGGAUGAGGAUACAAAACGCGAAGUUGAUCGUGCAUUUGAACGUGAUAACAAUAUUGUUAUGAUUUAAAUAUUUAUUUUUGUAUA